UGACGCGUGUAUAUCAUGAUGUAACGAGAGUGCGUCUUUCAAGUGAAUGUACUUCUCUCUCUCUCUUUCUUUCCGGAAGCUUGUCCCUUGAAUUCUACGCGAAAUGCGGAUCCCGGGGGAACGUGGGGUGUUCGAAAGCUUCUUGGAUUACGGUUCCGAACGAACUCUUCGAGUCGGAGUUGACGGAUGGUGCUGGUGAAAAAUCCGUCCCCGACGCGCGGCCAGAGCCCAUCACGAGAAAAUGGAAAGAACGAGAGGAGAGGAAAAGGCCGGGGUUCGCGGGGAAACAGUCCCGCCGAGCGGAAUAGUUCUCGAGGAAGUAGUCCAGGAAAGAGCGGCGGCUACGAUGGCAAGGGAAAGGGGAAAAGUGCGCUACUGCAGUCACGAGGCAGCGAGGUCGGUAGCAUCGAGAAAUUGAUAGACGGCGAUAGACGGGUAAUAGCGACCAAACAUCUACUUCCAGAGAACAACAUAAACGUCGUGGUCAGGGUUCGUCCGCUCAAUAACAAAGAGAUCAAAGCCGGCGACGAGAUGGUCGUGCAGUUCCCCGGCGACGGCCAGAUAUAUUGCGACGCGGUUACGAGCAGCGGCGACAAGAAACCGAAGCUCUUCUCCUACAAUGUGGUUUUCGAGCCGGGCGCCACGCAGGAGGACAUCCUGCAGUACUCCGGCAUCAAAAACCUCAUCGAGAUGGCGGUGGAAGGUUUUAGCUGCACCGCGUUUUGCUACGGACAGACCGGAAGUGGCAAGACACACACCCUGACCGGACCUCCGAGACUCUUCGAAAAGAUGAAUCCAUACUCGGAGAACCACGGUUUGGUCUUCCGUUCCUUCGUCUACCUAUUUAAGGUCCUUCAAGAACAAGAGAACUGCAAUUUUGUGUUGAAGGCUUCUUUUCUGGAAAUAUAUAACGAGAAGGUGAUAGAUCUCUUAAAUCCUGGCACUUCGAGAAAACCAUUGGCAGUUCGAUGGAGUAAAAAGACGCGCGGAUUCUUUGUCGAGAAUCUCUUCACAGUGGAAUGCGAAGAGCUGGACGAUCUUCUGGCGGUUCUCGAAGAAGGAAUGAGGAACAGAUCUAUCGGUACGCACAAUAUGAAUGAAUAUUCCAGCAGGAGCCACUCGAUUCUGACUGUAAAUAUAACUUCGGAACAAGCGAUGGAGAACGGUGUGUUCAUCUCAAAACAGGGUAAAAUUAAUUUCGUGGAUCUCGCCGGAAGCGAAAUGACGAAGAAAACCCAUAGCGAAGGCAAAACCUUGGAAGAAGCGAACAACAUUAAUAAGAGUCUCAUGGUGUUAGGAUACUGCAUCGCUUCCUUGAGCGAUGGAAAACGAAAAGGGGGCCACAUUCCUUAUCGGGACAGUAAAUUGACGAAGCUCCUGGCCGACAGCCUUGCCGGAAAUGGCGUUACGUUGAUGAUCGCUUGUAUUUCGCCAGCUCGUUCGAAUGCCAGUGAGACUUUAAACACUUUGAGAUAUGCCGCGAGAGCCAAGAAGAUCUUCACGAAACCUAUUGUAGUAAUGGAUCCACGCGAAGCUCUGAUCCUCAGCUUAAAACGAGAAGUCGGGGCUCUUCAGACUGAGAACGAUCACCUGAAGAUUGCUCUAAAUCUCAGCAAUGAGGCUCAAAAUGAGCUGCGCAGCGAAUCCAAAAAUGACCGGUUAAUAUCCCUGACACCACCACCGGUGGAUCUCGAAAAGUUGGCCGAAAUGGAGAGCUCGGAGCUCAGCCAACUGAUUCAGGCGUACAUCAUCGAAAACGAGGCGCUACGUCGCGAGAAUGCAGAACUCUACGCUACGAGGGACCAAGUGAUACGGGACCAGGAACUCGUUUGCCGAGAAAACGAAAGACUAUUAAAGAAACUCGAGGACGUGAACUCAGUAUGUUGUCGUUCACCUAUAAUACCAGCAAGACCUUCGUAUUCGGCGGAAUUAUUAAACGAUAAUAACGAAGACGUACCUGGUGCAACGAACGUCUGGACCAAUCCGAAUGCAGCUCCUAGCCCGGUGUAUUCCUUCUCGAGGCAUACAAUGAACAGUGCACUGUACAGAUCAGCUGGCAGUAUGCCGGAAAAGGUGCUAAAGGAGCUUGACAAACGCAGAAUUGUCGGUAGUUACAACAACAUUGCCGAAGCUUAUAAAGACAAGAGCAGCCAUCGUCGUCACAAUUCAUGGGACAACAGCAAUCGACCUAUGAUCAGUCCGGAACAGAGAAUUUCGCCCGAAGAUGUUAACAAUCAGAGAAAGACACCAGUGCGACGCACCUCGACAGUUCCUGAGGAGUAUAAGCCUCCACCGUCAAGAUCGAAUGAGCCUGCUGCAGAUGAUACCACAGGCACUAUUAUCACAACCACGAUCACAACCGACACCACUACCAAUACUAUGACGCUGGUCGAGCAGUCGUCCAACAAUGGAUCACCCGAUUCGAUUCUGAGUGGAUCCUUGGAGGAAGGUGCUAAUUCCACCCCCAACACCGCGGAUUCAGUAGCCCCUACCGCACCCUUUCCGCCGAUAUCGUCACACACAUUAUCCUUUGAGACGCUGGAACCAUUGCGAAAGCAGAAAUCCUCUCGAAGCGGCAGCGGUAACGGCAGGAAGAAUGCCGAUAAAGUCAAGGAUGAGCACAGAGCAUUCGGCAGCCCAGUUUCUAUCGAUGACGAAGACGGACAUUUUUAGAGCGAGAUAUAUGAACAAUGGAGGCGUAUUCUAAACAUACUUUUAGUUUUAAGUGUGGCAGCUUGAUUCUAUUUAAGUUUCAUUUACUUCAGACGAAGAUCGCGUAAAACGCGAUUGCUUCAACUUGAGCAUCGACCAGCUACAUUUAGCUGAAUGUGCAAAAAGAGCAAGAACGAAUGAGUCGUCGUCGACUUAACGGUUUUAUGUCGUUGUUGAGUCAUAUAUGAUAUUACCUAAUCUUAAUUGUAAUAUAUACUUCGAUACACCUGUCAAGUAAAGUCUAAUGCAAUUUU